UGACCUCUAUUGUUGCCGUGGCUGAACAGCAUCAUAGCAAUCCUCUGUGGUGCGCUCCUUGGACUUUCCCUUUGGGCGCGAGGGGAGAUGGCUGUUGCUGCUGAUUCUAUUCGUCGUUGCUGAGUUGCUUUCCGUCGUCUUUUGACUUGGAUUGGCAUUUUCUUAUACUGGUGCUUCUUUUUGCAUUUGAAAGUUGCGCAGACUUGUUUUGGUUCAGGGACGUCCUCGCCCAGGAUCAUCUAAGCAAUAUGCAAUCUCUAGAGGACGAGGAGCGUGAGGCUGCGGGUUCCCCCAACGGAAGCUCGGAAAACGAUGCGGAUGAAGACAUGGAAGACGUUGGGGAGGGAGAUGCGGAUGCGGAUGCGGACGCUGACGCUGACCCCGACGCCGAUGCAGAAGGAGACAAUGACGAAGACAAUGAGGACAAUGAAGAAGAAGAGGAAGACCAGGACGAUAACCAGGCAGAUACUACUCCGCAAUUGGGCCAGUCCUCGUCGCAGCCAAACCCUACAGUGUUCUUGACAUCCCCAUCUCCGCGUCCUGCUUCGACACAGAUUGCGACGGCACUUCCUUGGCGCCCCGGCGUAAGACCUGAAGCGCUCACAGCUCCUGUGUACGAUAUCGUCCCCACUAUUGCAGCUCCCCAUAGUACCUCCAUCAAUGCCGUCACAGCGACGCCAGACAUGCGAUGGGUGUUCAGUGGUGGUGCAGACGGAUAUGUCAGAAAGUUCAAUUGGGUUGAUACGGUCAAUUCAAAAGUCAUGCUCACGGUCGCGCAGCGUCACCCCUUCGUGGAUAGCGUAACCAAGGCUGGCGUGUUGACAAGCUAUUGGGAGAAUGAAGAACCUCAGAUAAAACUUCCAGGCGAUGAUACGCUAGCGCUUUCUCCUGUGUAUUCCCUCGCCGUCCAUCAUCGUGCACUUUGGCUACUCUCUGGACUAGAAUCUGGUUGCAUCAAUCUGCAAUCUGUUCGGCAUGAUGAGGGAAAGAGGAUAACAUCGUUGCGAAAGCACACUUCAGCAGUUUCCGUCCUCACACUCGCCCAUGACGAGAAGUCGGUGCUCUCGGGAAGCUGGGACAAGAAUAUCCAUGAUUGGGAUCUCAACACCGGCCAGGUAAAGCGUAGCUUCGAGGGAAGUGGCGGCCAGAUAUCCGCCGUAGAAAUAAGACCCUUAUCAAGCUUGCCAGUUCCGGAAGAGUCUGGUGACGUGUCUACUACAAACGGCACGUAUUCCUCAAACAAUACCGCCAAGCCUUUGACGAACGGAUUAUCCAAUGGAAUUGAUGUCGAUUAUAAAAGAGGAAAUGAGGGUGAUAAGGACGCGCCUGGGUCACCAGCAGAUUCCCUCUUCAGCGACCAUGGGGGAGGUGAUUCCUUAUUUGGAGAUAACGACGACGGGAGACCGAGCGGCCCGUCUGGUGGUAAUUUUGAUGACGAAGACGAUGAAUUCUCCAGAGCUAUUGCCAGUGGGAUUCAACAACAGGAAGACGAGGAUGCUGAGGGUGACAUUGAUAUGGCAAAUGCUGGUGGACCGGUGCAGCCUUAUCAGCAGCCCGAGCAUGCACCACAGGGCAUUGGUCGAGAACAGCCGCCAGGAGAAAAUGCGCCUGAAAGUGCCGCCACGGAACUGAGACAGCCCCCAAUGAUGAACGGACUUCCGCACUCGGACGAAGGUAAAGGAACUGCGCCAAAUGAAAAUAAGGACCAAAGCUCCGUGUUCUCAGAGCCAGCUUCCUCGGAUAGUACCUUCCUUGCAGCUUCCAUUGACGGCACAAUUCGGAUUUGGGAUCGAAGAGCGCGCAACCCUGUCGCUUUAGUUGUCCCUAGGAAUAGUCCUCCCUGGUGCAUGAACGCUUGUUGGUCUCCAGAUGGAAACUACAUAUAUGCGGGACGGCGCAAUGGGACAGUCGAAGAAUACAGCCUUCACAAGGGACUUCGAGCCCCCGAGCGGACUUUUAAAUUUCCACAGGGAAGUGGACCUGUGAGUGCAGUUCGGGCCAUGCCUAACGGCCGGCAUCUCAUCUGCGCGUCCUAUGAUAUUCUUCGACUUUACGACCUCAAAGAGCAGCAAGUUUUCAAACACUCCGCCGUACCGUUCCUCAUCGUCCCCGGGCACCGCACUGGCGUAGUUUCACAGUUGUAUAUCGAUCCGGCCUGUAAAUACAUGAUUUCCACGGCGGGAAACAGAGGGUGGGAAGGUAAUUCUACCGAGGUUCUACUUGGAUAUGAGAUCGGUAUUGGGCAAUAGUCUUGUAUUC